AAUGAGCACAUGUCAUCAUCUGGUUUCUCGUAUCUCGCACUCGUUUAGAGCAAAAUUGUUUUGUUGAUAAAUUUAAUUUUAAUUGCAUUUUAAUUUUCCCUGUCAAUUGCAUUUUUAAUAUUUAAAAAAAAUCAUUUAAAAAGAAAAUCUAAAUAUCAAAAUUAUUAAUUAAUUGAUAAAUAUGAGUGAUGACGAUAGAGAAAUUGAUAUCGAAAGUGACGAUGAUAAUGAUUCCGAUAGUGGGCGAAUGCAACAAAGAAAUGCUGGUGCACAAAAUUUCACACAGGCGGAAAAACGAGCUCAUCACAAUGCCCUUGAACGCAAGAGAAGAGAUCACAUAAAAGACAGCUUUACAUGUCUCCGAGAGGCGGUUCCAUCAUUGCAAGGCGAAAAAGUAGCAAGUCGAGCACAGAUUCUGAAGAAGACUGCCGAGUGUAUUCAGAUGAUGCGAAGAAAAAUCCACUCCCACCAAAAAGAUGUCGAAGAUAUCAAAAAACAAAAUGCAAUAUUAGAAGCUCAAAUUCGUUUGCUAGAAAAUGCCAGAGAUGGUGGUUAUCCAUCAUCGAAUACAUCAAAAAUACAUGUCAAACCAGAGCAGGGUUCUGAUAGUUCAGAUGGGGAAGAUCAUGACUUUAGACGUCGAAGUAAAAAGCUGAAAACAUCCUAUCAAUCUUAGGUUGUAAUUUAACUUAACUGAAUAACUUCUAUCUUAAAUUAAUCUUCUGUAAAUGCAAGUAUCGAAUUAUUAGAUCGAGAAGACUUUAUAUUGUAAAAAAUAGUUUAAGGGGGAGAUAAGGGCAGUAAAUAGAAAAUACAUGUAAAAUGUAUAUGACGUUCAUCAAACGUACCUACAUCUCAAUUUAAUUUUCAAUAGUCUACAAAAAAGAAAAAUACAAAUUAAAAAAAAAAGUAAACAAAUU